AUGGAACAGUGCUGCGGGGCGGCCGCGAUCACGGAUGCUGUGGAUUUGAGGGAUGUUAUAACAUCCAGCAGGAAGCGGCGACGCGUGGAUGUGGGCGAGUGUGAGGAAUUGUGGCAGCAAAUAAACAAAAUACUUCAAGAGACCUUCACUGAACCUCAAAUGGUGGUGCAGAGAAAUGAAAAGGAAAUGGAUACCAUAACUGUUACGAUUCUCGCACAGUUGUAUCGUGUCUUACGCGAUUGUUGGUGCUUCAGUGGAGAUCCUUAUGAUCUGUUUGAACCUGUGACGAAUUUGCACGACGUAACGAAAAGAGUCCUGAUGACAAGCGGGGGUUAUGUGCUGACGCCUGAUUCGCAAAAUCUCCUUCUCGGAAGUGAUGCAAACAUGGCGUAUGUUGGAAUCCUCCUUUCGAGGGUUUAUCGAGUACUGGUGGGAUUUGGGCACCUUCAUUGCAUCCCACCUGAAGAUGCGGGAAUAACAAAUCUAGAAAAUGAGGUGUGUAUUGUGCUGAGAAAUCGCCAAGGCCUCACUGGUGUUGAAAGUGAUUUGAUAAAAGAAAUAUGCUCUACCCUUCGGUCGCAACUGCAGGACCCCACAGGCACAGCAGUGGCAUUGUUUGAAGAAUGGCCGCUACUUGAAACCAGCGAAUUCGCUCGACUUGUGGCAGACUUCAACAUGAAGUUUAUCGAAUUCCUUCCAUUCCUGCCGACGGAAGGAAGUGGAGGGGCGGCCUUUUGCUUAAUUCCAAGUAAUAAUUAUGACACGGUGUGGGGUCGCGUUGUGAGCUGUGGAAGUUGUUGGGUAGCGGGAAAGAUGUGUGCGCAGUCGUUUCUUGUGAGCCCCAGUGGGCCAUUAAUUGUACAUUUAUUGAGGUGUCAGCGGAAGGACGGAAUUCCAUAUGAUGGCGGUGCUCAUGUGACGGUGUCCGGCAACGAAGAUGAAGUGAUUCUGAGAGAAUGGCUCCGUCAACGCCUGUGGACGCCACAACCUACCGUUAUAGUUCAAUGGUGGAGAGCAAAUGUUUUAUCUUCAUGUGUUGACUUUCCAUCCUCAUUAAUAAGUGAAGUUGAUAAUGGACCUGGGAAUCAUAAGUUUGAGCGGUGCUGGCCGCAGUUCAUUGAUGGCGCAGCGGACUGCUUGCCUGCAGUUUGGGUGCGUGGGUUGCAAGUCGUUUCAAGUGUUAAGGUUGAUGUUGAGUGUUGUGUGUGUCGUAUGGUGUCGUGUCCGUGGUAA